CGCGUGCGUGUGUGUGUGUGAGAGAGAGAACCUGAAUAACAGUAGGAGGAAAAUGGACGGAGUGGGUUCAUUUGGUGCUGGCAGAGCCGGGUCUGCAUUCGACCCUAUUGCCUUUAUUCAACAGCCGCAGACCAUCCUCAGAAUAUUAUCAUGGAUCUUCUCAAUAGUGGUGUUUGGAUCCAUAAUAAACGAAGGCUAUGUCAACCAUGGCAGUGAGAGGCUCUACUGCGUUUUCAACAAGAACAACAAUGCCUGCAACUAUGGGACCACCAUUGGGCUCAUAGCCUUUUUAGCCUGCAUUUUCUUCCUUUUCCUUGACAUGAAGUUCCAACAAAUCAGCAGUAUUAAAGACAGGAAGAAGGCAGUGAUGCUGGACAUUGGAUUCUCAGGUUUCUGGGCAUUUUUGUGGUUUGUUGGGUUCUGCUUCUUGGCCAACCAAUGGCAGCGCACCACCCCAGAUGAGCUGCCCUUAAAUCAGGGAGCAGAUGCUGCCAGAGCUGCCAUAACCUUCUCCUUCUUCUCCAUCUUCACAUGGGCUGGCUUGACUGUAAGAGCGGUGCAGAAGUACAUGCUAGGUACCGACAUGUCCCUCUUCACCAAAGAACACCUCGAUGGCAGCCCACCCGUCCAGCCCUACCCCACCGGCCCAAACACUGAACCCACAGACACAUACCAGAGCCCACCCUUCACUGAAAACCAGGACUCCACCGCCCCAAACUUCCAGGUGCCAAUUUACUAAAGCAGUGCCCAGCAGAGUCAUCGGUCUAUGUGGAUGGGUGGCACUGGCCUUCAAACUGAUGUUCAUAGGUAGUAGUGUUCUGUGAACUUCUGUACAAGAAUAUGUUGAUUGUGAUUUCACUUUCGUUUGGAAUAUUACAUGUUAAUUUACCAGGUGGAAUGAAACCGAUUGAGGGGUAUCAGUUUCAGUGUUGUGUAAAAAUUAAAAAGAAACAUGUAUGUUGCAUGUGUUAUAUUUAGAGAGCUAUGAAGUGUCAUGCAUCCCAAACAAUAAUUUAUAUAUUCAGUUUCCAUAAUGCCAUUGGGUACUGUAUAUUAAGUGCAAUCUCUAAAACAUGGAAAGGCAGUCCAUAAUGCAUUUAAAUGUUCUACAACUAAAAGCUGCCAAAACUGUCUACUUCUAAGAAUUUAACAGAGGUGUCUUCAUAAGAGAGGGUUGAGUUCUGCUGUAGAUAAGGUUUUCUUAUGUAUGAAAAGGUAUUUCAAUGUAAACAAAAAAGAUUAACAUGUGGAGUCAGUGUUUGAUUUAGUGUAAACACUAAAUGUGUUUUGCCUAGCGUAGGAUGUGUGAAUACUUCUGACAAUAUCAAACUUGGUUUAAUAUAUCCCACAAAAAAAAUAAUAAUAAUAAUAAUUCAAACAACAUACAAAACGAAAUAAUGAAUUUUAUGUUGUACUAAAGACACAACUGCCAUUAGUUAUGUAACACAGAGCCAUGUUAAUUGUUAUAUAAGGUUAAGUUGGUAUUAUGAAAAAGAUGAACACAAAGAUACAAUCAAAGUUUAAUUAUAUAUCAGCAUUUAAAUUAAAUAUUUUGUAAGUAUACAAACUUCAACAAUAUCAUCACUUGGUAUGUUUUCAAAAUUAGAAAUGGGAGAAAAAAAAAACUGUAUGGCAAGUCACUAAAAUACAUCUAUGCCAAUGGUUUACACAGUGGUGUUUGGGACACAACACCCUGUUGUGAAAAAAAAAGAAAAAAAAGAAACUGUUUGGUGACAUCAUCAGUGAUUUGUCUGAUAUGUGGUAGAAUUUUGGUAAUGUUUCUAUGUUCAGAGAUAGGGCAACAUACACAAAAUGAUAGCGACUGUACUUCAACAUGUUAACGGAGUAUGUUUGUGAAAGUGGUCAGGGUCUUGUGUUUCCUGAUAAAAUGCUUCAUGGACCAAUUUUACUAAACCAUUUCAGAGACCUAUACUGAGGUAUGUUUUGCUGGUUCAAAAUUUGCAACUCUAACAAGUAUUACAGAUAACAAGUAAAAGAUACUGAAGAUCAGUAAAACUAAAAACAUAAGACCUUGUUUAGUUUUUGUAUUUGUACCUCAUUGAAGAACAAUGUGCAAAAUUUGCACCAGUAAAAAUGCUUUCGAGUUCUUGUCCAUGACUCUUUUUAUACAUAUUACAUGCUGUACCUUCAGGCAUUAUAACCCAUCUCGUGAAAAUUGUACACAAAAGAUUUGUUGUUGUCCAAUGGAAUGUCUUCUGACUGCAGUUAUAAACAUUAUGAAAAAAAUAAAAAAUAAAUGUUCA